AACCCCUCGCGGGGCGGGAGGAAGGCGGGGAGCGUACAAAGCGGCGCUGGAAGCUAGCGGCAGUGAGGCCGCGCUUGGGGUCCGGCAGCACGGCGUCCCCGCGGCCUGAGGCGUCAGCUGCGUGGGCGCUCACGCAGGGCGGGUCGCGCGGCGCCGGGCGAGAGGGAAGUCGUGGCGGCGGCGUCGGGAACAGCAGCGGCGGCGGCGGCGGCGGCGGGAGCGUGGUGCUGACAGGCCGUGGGAGAAAUGGGAGACCCAGGGCCGGAGAUAAUAGAAUCUGCCCCACCAGCUGGGCCCGAGGCAUCACAGUCUACCACGGAUGAAAACGAAGAUGACAUUCAGUUUGUGAGUGAAGGACCAUUAAGACCUGUUCUUGAAUAUAUUGAUCUAGUCAGCAGUGAUGAUGACGAGCCUAGUACCUCUCACAGUGAUAGAAUGCCUGAAUCUAAAGUGCCAUCCUCUGAGAAUCAUCGCCCAGAAAUGUGCUCUAGCUGCAGUGUUCCUCUUCCCAUUGGAGACAGCAGCUCCUCCUCUGGGAGCUGUGCCAACAGUCCACAAAGGAUAGUUUCUCAACCUUCUUCUGUUGAGAACCCAUUGGAGAACCAGAAAAAUGAUCACAAUAAUUCCGAUGUUAGUGUCUCUGAAAAAGAGACACUUAAACCACAAAAUAAUCAGACUCUGCCUUCAGCAUCACUUCUGGGCCCCCAGGAAUCAUUGGCUUUUUCUGAGGUCAAAGAGGAUUUCCCUGGCACGAUUUCUUCAGCUUCACAGAGUGGACAGGAUGCCAUCCUGUAUCUCCAGACACAAGUGGCUGAGAUGUCCCGAGUCAUACGUGAUCUGCAGUCCAGGAGUUGUUUUAGAUUUCAUCAUUCUAGGCCAAGUGAGAGCUCGUCAGUUCCUUGGGAUAUCUCCAGCUCUAAGGAGGACAGUUCGUCCACAGUUGAAGAGGAGUCUGACUGCAAAUCUCCAUCAGCUGAUGACAAAGGGCAGCCACCUGACCCCAUGCAGUCCAGUUUUACUGGUCUUUUGAAGAGAAUGGAACAAAGGGGUGUUAUAAAGAGGGUGACGUUCCAGUCUGAAGCAGAAACCUGUGAGGGCAAGCCUGAUUGGAUGACCUCUAAAAAACGCUUGGUUCCUCCACUGCAUCCACUUUUGAGAAUUGCCACCACUGAAGUUUUUAAAGACCCUGCUGAUUGCCAUCCUUCUUCCUUCAUGGGACACAGGGUUUAUCCUGUGGCCAAGGACACAUCUCCUUUCCAGCCAAAUCCACCAGCUGAGGGACCCAUUAUAGAUGUAUUAGAACAUAGCAAAAGAGGAAAUACAACAUCUCCUUUAGACUCUACCUCAAAAGAAAUGGAGGUCAUGGGUUGCAGGUUCUACCAUGCUGCUUCCAUUGCAGCCCGGGCUGCUAGCUAUAUGGCCUAUAUGACUCAGUAUCAACGUAAACUCUGGGAAGACAUGGAAGAUCUGGUUCAUGACCCGGAGUUUGAUCGUGGGAAAGCAAGGUGUAUAAUAUCUGAUGGCAUGGAUGCAGGACUUUGGCAGCUCUGUACCACUAGAGACAUAAUGGACUCCGUAGUCAGAGUUAUGGCCAUGGCAGUAGACUAUAGAAGACAGGCCUGGCUCCGACUAACAUCUCUCACUAAGAAAACCCAGGAGAAAAUCUUACACUUGCCCUUUGAUGGUACAUCUCUUUUUGGACAAGAUGUGAAUGCUAUUGUUGCAGAAGACAAUAGUAUUAAAGAAAAUGAAUAUAAGGAUCACAAUAAAUACUAUACUCAGCAUCGGUACUUUUAUAGUCAUGAUCAGAAAGCACAUUAUCACAACAGAGGGUACUCCAAAGGGGAUUGGUACAAACCCCGGAAUCACCCCUAUAGAUACAGAAAGAAGGGAGCCUCUCCAGAACGACAUGGGUAUAAGAACUGAUACUCUGACUCCAGAGGUUUAGAAGAUUAGCCUUCCAAGGUCCUACCUUACCUGUUCUUCCCCAGGUUGAAGGUCAUCUCAAAAAAUGAGUACUUCACAGCUGAUGUUUGAGUUCUAGACUUUUAGAAUGAAGUAUAUAUAAAAAGAUUUAAGCUUUAUUGGCCAAAUGGAGACUUUGUUCUAAGGAGUAUUGGAUAAAGGUUUACACAGUAUUUUUGGUCCAAACUAAGUCCAGAGAAGGGUACUCAGGAAUCUUCUGGAAUUUAAAGAAAAUACAUAGAUUCAUACCUCAGGAAAAUCUUGUUGGUAAACUGAGGACUAGCAAAGUUUUGGAUCUGGAAACAAUUUGCUACUAGAUCAGUGUUUACUAAGACCGAAGUGUAAAACCUUCAUUUUAGAUCAUCAUUACUUCUGGAACGUCAGGCUUCAGCUUGAUGGGUCAUCCAAAAAUGACAGAUCUGUUACAUACAGUCCCUAUGUUAAAAUGAUCAGCUCUCCAUAGUCCAUAGUAUUAGCAAGCUCUGUGAGACUUCAGAAUUAUCCUGGAAGCUAUGUGUCUGCUGGAAUUCAUUAAAAAUUUUUGCCAAAUCCUUAUAACUGGGGUGACUAAAUGUCACAGGUCUACUUUUGGACUCAAUCUGGAAAAAAAUAUGGAAAAAAAGAUACCUGUAACAUCACAGUAGAAAAGAUAAACUGUCUUCAUCCUGACUAUGAUGGGCUACCACAGGAUCACUACUCAUAAUGCUGCAUGUGAGAUAGCUCUUGUUGUCAUCAGUUCUACUAGUCUUUGACUUACCAAGCUCUCAUGUGAACCACCUGUGAGACUCAGGCAUAGAAGUCUCUCUGAUGUGGGCCUUUCAAUGAGAUGGCCUUCUUAAACCUGUCUUCUAAUGAGUUGGUUCUUUUGAGCUUGAUAGUGCAUUACGUUCUCACAAUAGACAUAUGUACCAUCGUGGCCCUGGACAUACAGGAUAUUUCUAUCAUCCAGGCAUGCAAAAUGUGAACUCUUUAAGAGCAAGAAUUUCAAACAUGCCUGACAAUCUGAUCUCUCUUGAAAUAAAGAGGGAUGCCAUUAGUCUAGACAUCGUUGUGAAAUCCUUGAGAUAUAAAGUGUGACUGGGUGUUUCAAGAUACACAGCUGUUUCUGGUAUUGAGUUCCUAAAAGGCUGGAAUCAAGACUUCAGUGACAUGUUCUUGGUUAAGUGGUUAAUUUGUCAUGUAAUCUAAUCGGACUCUCUGAGAUGAUUUAACAUUUUGCUCCCAAUAAUAACUCUUUUUGGAGCUGGCAGCAGAUACCUCAGUUAUAUUAAUGUCCCACAGUAUCAUCUCUUUAAUCUCAAGGCAAUGGCUGUAUGAUAUACUAGCCCCUAUGUCCCUGUCUUCACAGCAUGACUUAAAGUAGAGAAAAUGUCAAGUUUGAGGGGGUCUGAACGCUUAACCUAAUGUAACUUGGCAGCCAAAAAAUAAUUUUUUCACAGAUGUUAAUUCUGUGACCUCUUGGUCACAAAUUGGUCGAACAUCUGCUUCUUUCUUAAUUUUUAAUCUGCUUGAUCAAAAUGUUUUAGGUAUACUAUUAAUGGAAUAUAGCAUUGUCUUAAGGGGUUGUGUGGUUCCUGUUUAUCAUAGUGGUAGACCUUUUCUGUGAUGCUCGCGCUUUGUAAUUCAUUAGAAAACUCUUCCUACUUUCCUACACAUACUCAGCAGCCUAUUUAACAACCUACAUUUCUUCUUUUUUGUUUUUGAGACAGGGUUUUACCACAUAUACUGAGCGGGCCUGGGACUUGAUAAGUAGACUAGGCUGGCCUUGAACCCAUAGAGAUCUGCUUGUCUCUGUUUGCCUCCUGACUGCUGGAAGUAAAGGCAUGUGCUACUAGGCCAGGCUGCUGCUUUUCAUUUGUGCCAUAUAGAUCGGAGGCACGAGGUUCCACCUUGGAAGAUGUUACUUUGUCAGAUAAUUUUAGGGUCUGUAUUAGUCCUGUUUGUUUUAUUUGUAGACCAAACCUGAACUAGUUUAUCAAGAUUGUUUAGCAGAUAUAACUGAAUUGUAUCUAGAGUUAAUAUUUACUUAAUAAGUUAAUAUUGUCCACAAAAUUUUACUUUGACUUUCUUAGGUUCCUACCAGGGGUCUCUAAAAUGUCUCUCAAACUCCAGAUAAGCAGACUUUUGUAGCUUGUAUUCAAUGCUAUACAGAGGGGUAGUAGACUCUGGGUAGUAGCCCAUGACUGUAGCAGUGCAGGUUUCCUCUGAGAAAGGGCUAACCACCCAGACUUUACUACGGCAAGUUUGCACGUGUCUUUGUGCGGCGUUGGGGCUGCUUCAGCUCAUUUGUUCUUUUCCAUCUUGCCCUGAAUUAGAUGCUACAUAUCACAUGACUUAUGAGAUACUCUUGUUUAAAAAACAAAACAAAAUAAAUAAUGCUUCGAGAUGUGCUCUCUGAAACUGUUUUGGCACGCUCACCUAAUUUAUUUGUACUAAUCUCCGCUUUAUAGUAAAUGGCAACAAAAAAGCACAGAAAAUUUAGCACUUUAAUAAUUUUGACAUUAUUGUACAGCUCUUAAGUAUUUUCAAGACAGCACUACUCUCUGUCUUAGAUGUUUAUGUUGUUCAUUAAUGAAGUAAAAGUAACAUUGUUUGACCACUAAUUGAUAAACCCAAGCAACUCCAAAGAAUUGCGUUUUUCUCAAAGUGAAAAAAGGCGGGAAAUCACCAAAUUGGUGAUGAGUCAGACAACCGAAUAGCAGUGCUUGGCGGCUGAGCUGGUGUGGACAGUGUGGUAGUGUAGGAGUGUGUAGCUCUAGUUGACUCGGUAGUAUUCCAGUAUCCUUCACCUGUUUCUCUCUUUAAUCUGGCAUACUUGAAUGAUGAUGUUGUAAAGGUAAAAGUUGGUACUUGGUCUAGUGAGCCGCCCCAGUAGACACCCCAGGAGGAGAAGAUAGCAUAAAGAUUUACCCGGGUGGAUACUGAGGUUGUGUCUGCCGUGUGCAGAGCCUGCUUCAGAAUUCCUGUUAGGUUGACUUUUGAGUGAGACUACCACUUGCUUUUCUGGAUACCUUGAAGAAUUAAUUAUUUGGUUUUUCCUUUCAUUUAAAAUGUCAUUUCUUGACUAGAUAUAAGAUGUAUUUGGAGACAAUGUGAUUUUUAUUUUGUAGUUAUUAUAUAUAGAGAAAUACUAUUUCCGUUUAUUGUUAUAUAAAGUGCCUUUUUAAAUUUUACUCUUACGUUUAAGACCUAACCUUUGGUGUGGUAUUUAUGUAACGUCUGUACAGUGAUUUACUCUUAGUUUAUUAUCUUUAUUACCUGUAAAAUUGCACUAUUUAAAUGUACUCCUUCUUAAUGCUAACUUGUUUUCUUCAUAACACUGUUACUAAUUUCAGAAGGUUAUAAAAUAAAUUUCCCUCUUAACAUCACAGAAGUUCUUUAGGUUUUAGUAGUUGGUUCUGUUUUCUAGAUAUAAAAGUAGCUCUUUUUUUCUUUGCAUGUUCUAGGUUUUUCUGACUGAGUCAUCUGUCUCGUAUCUAACCCUGUUCAUAGCCAUAGCAACACUACUUAUAUCUGCUAAAUGGAUGUGUUUCCUGGGACAGUAGAAGCAAGGACAUUAAAACAGUGAAGUUGGUGGCACUAUAGAUUAUAAAUAAUAGUCUGUGGCAGCUUCCUUAUCAGUAUAAUUACUUUUGUUUUCCUUUUUAAACUGGCAGCUUCUUUAUCAGUAUAAUUGCAUUUAUUUACUUAGCCUUCAAAAUGCCAUUUUGAGGGCAGCAUAUACUCUUUCAGGCUACUUUACUGCAUUAUACCUAAGUGACCUGACUGUAGUGUCCUUAAGGGCCUGAUACAUCCAGGAUAUAUACCUCUCAGGUAUUGUAAGCAAGGAUGCUGAAAAGACAGAGUCCAGAAUUCCCUCUCUCUAUAGAAUUGGAUACCGAUAAGGUUGAACAUAGAGGUUAGCAGCUCAUUCAUUAUUUUUGAAGUUAAUUGGGAUUCUGCUGAAGGCUUGAAAUUAUGGGUUAGAACUCUUUAGAAGUAGAAGAUUGCAAUAACAAAAGCCUUUUUUUUUUUUUUUUAAAUGUGAGGCAUAUUUUGCCCCAGUCUUGCACUGUCUAGUUCCUGUUUUUUGAAAUUUACCCUUAUGUACUUAAUGUUGGUGGCUAGACCAAUACCUGAUUGUCACUGUGGGUACAUCUUAUGCAUGUCAUUCAAUUGGUCAGAUUGGUUCUGUGUGGUUUUUAGUGGGCAUCCAAACUAGUCAGUUCUUUUCACUUAAAUUUUAAAGGAGGAAGUUACCAGUAAGUAAAUGUCGAUUACUGUAUUGAAUGCAAACCUUUCUUUUCAUAUUUAACAAGUUUUAUAAACCAUUAAAUGUAUGGAGUUUCCCUUCUUGAAUGAUUUUUGAGAAUGCUGUUUUAUUAAAUCCUUUUUCUCUUA